AUGAACAAAAACCACCGAGUGCCGAGCAACCGAACUCUGAACGCCGUGGAGGUGAAGAGCAAGUUUGGAGCAGAAUUCAGACGGUUCUCUUUGGACCGGUCCAAGCCGGGACGAUUUGAUGAAUUCUAUGGCUUACUACAGCACGUGCACCGGAUCCCUAAUGUGGACCUGCUUGUGGGUUACGCCGAUGUUCACGGAGACCUGCUGCCAAUCAACAACGAUGACAACUAUCAUAAAGCAAUCUCCAUGGCAACGCCCCUGCUCCGCCUCUUUUUACAGCGAAAAGAGGAGGCCGAUUACUCAGCGUUCGGCACAGACACUGUGACCCGUAAGAAGACCCCGGCGGCCCUCGCAGCAGUCCUCCUUCGGCCGGACACCAACAAGAAGAAGCCUCCAAUCAUCAUCAGCCUGCCCAAAGACUUCCGCCCAGUGUCCUCCAUCAUCGAUGUGGACAUUCUUCCAGAGACUCACCGCCGCGUCCGUCUCUAUAAACAUGGCCAGGAGAAACCUCUGGGCUUCUACAUCCGGGACGGAUCCAGCGUUCGUGUUACACCCCAAGGCUUGGAGAAGGUCCCAGGCAUCUUCAUUUCCCGCAUGGUCCCCGGAGGCCUGGCGGAGAGCACGGGACUGCUGGCCGUCAAUGAUGAGGUGCUCGAAGUCAAUGGCAUUGAGGUGAGCGGCAAGUCGUUGGACCAGGUAACGGACAUGAUGAUCGCUAACAGCCACAACCUCAUUAUAACGGUCAAACCGGCCAAUCAGCGCAAUAACAUAGUACGAAGCAGCGGCGGUGGGGCCACAUCUGGCAGCUCAGGACGAUCUUCAGACAGCAGCACCAGCUUCCAUGGUUACUCCGUGCCAGGCUCCACGUCCAUGACUCCUUCUCAUAUUAUACAGAACUUUGAGCCGGAUGAAGAGAGUGAGGACGAGGAGGAUCUGGUGAUCGAGGCGGAUAGAGGGGCCAAACUCAUCCCGCCAGCAAAGGUUCGAGCGACCGCCAGCUCCAGCAUGCCUGUUCUGCCCAGAUACGAGCCUCACCUCGACCUACGGCCCUCAAACGGUACAAUGGCGACCAGCACAAGCGUAGGGUCUCUGAACGCCCACGAAAGGCGUAAUCUAGAAGAAGACGGAACAGUCAUUACACUGUAA